AUGUCUUCCACCUCCGAUGACGGUAGCAAUGCGACUCCUCCUCCUAAGGCCGAUCUUGCCCCACCUACUCCAACUCCUGCAAAGCCGGAUUUUCAUCCUGCUCUUGUUGUUUCCAACAUUCGGAAUCAUAUUCCUCUUGUACUUGAUAUGGAGACUGAUCGUUAUGGCAAGUGGGCGGAACUUUUUCGUAUUCAUGCCCGUUUUCAUCGGGUUCUGCAUCAUAUUGUUCCAUCCACAGACAAACCACCACCAGCUGUCACUGACUCCACCUAUGAUCAGUGGGCUACUUUGGAUGCCAUCAUACUACAGUGGAUCUAUUCCACCAUUUCCCUCGACUUGAUGUCCACAGUCAUGGAACUCAAUUCCACAGCUUUGGCCGCUUGGCAGCGUUUGGCUGAUAUCUUCCACGACAAUUAG